CUGGAGUGACCGCCCAGUUCUGAAGGUGUCCGCCGGGUUGCAGUGGUCUCUGCAAAAAGUCCGUGCUGUUGUGGCAUCACCAUUAAAACCAGCGCGGGUUCCAAGGAGUAAAAUCCUCAUCAGAAAGUAUGCUGUGUCGUUGUCUUUUGUUCUGGAUCUUACUGCGUCGUGCAGAUUCCUUUAGCGUCACAGUACCCUCCAGUCCUGUUCUCGUGGUGCGUGGAGCCACGGCACUUCUUCCCUGUGAGUUUGAACCAAACUCUAACGCUUUGGUGAUCACAUGGCAACGGGAGGAAGACGCUCGGGUGGUCCACAGCUUCUACUACGAGAGAGACCAGCUCGAACGACAAAGCUCCGAUUAUUUCAACCGGACAAAGUUAAAUCACGAGGAAUUUACUAAAGGAAAUGCAUCCCUGAGUAUAGCCAGUUUUGGACUGAAGGAUGCCGGGAAAUACUUGUGCAUAGUGAGCAACAGCAAGGGAUCUGACAGAGGAGUGGUGCAUUUGGUUUACACAGCCUUCUAUUCCGAGCCGAGGUUAAGCAUCCUUCUCAAAUCCACCGAUGUGACUGUCCAGUAUGAGACGGAGGGCUACCCGAGGCCAGAGGUCAUGUGGCUGGGGUCAGGAGGUCAGAAUCUCACUGACCACCUAGAGGUUUCGUCUGCAUCAGACGGAGGACUGUUCUACUUAAAAAGCAGCUACAUAGCCCAGAGUCCAGCGUUCAAUGUCACAUUUACUCUAAAAAACCCUGCUGUGCAUCAGAAGCUACAGAGGCAUGUUAACGUCAGCUAUGAUGGGAACAUGAGCUCCAGAACUUCAGUUGUGGUUCUGUCUGUAUUGUGUGUUUUCCUCCUGUGCUCGACGGGUCUGCUGUUAUGGUUAUACUGUCGUGACGGGCGCAAAUGACCUCACGUCCAUACUGGACUCACAUGAAUUGCUGAAAAGUAACUACUGCUCUUCCAGUAGUGCCUCCAACAUUAUUUUUAGGUUUUUAUUAUAUUUAAAUGAAUACUGCUGCUCUACUAGACUUUAUGCAAUACAGAUUUGGGACAGAAACACAAGAAAUCAUUAAAGUUGAAGUGUGUGAUAUUUGUAGCAAUUACAUUGUGUUUGUUUCACUUUGCGGUCCUAAAAUCUUCACUAGCGACUAGAUGUUUAGUGAAACCAGAAAAAAAAGUCAAUUUCAGGCUUUUUAGAGCAUCCGUAAAAAUAUAAGUGAGAAUGCUAUACUAUAAUUAGAAUGUUUUACAGAAAUCAUAUCUUGCAAAAUUCAUGGCUUCUUUUGAAUGACAGUUUAUGGAAAACAAUGUUAUUAGAAACCUAAAGUGACAACAUCUGACAAUAACGUGACCAUGCUAACCAGCAUAACAACACUAGCAUCAAUUUAAGGAAGGACUAUCAAUCUUUAUCCUGUUUGCUACCACAGAAAUGAUACUCUUCAGCUUUACAAAUGACAGCUCAAUGAAGAGAGAUAUAUUUUAAAACACUGACUAUACAAAUGUUUGUUUAUGAAAUAUGCAUAUCACUGAAAGAAUAUUCAAGACAAAAUGCUCACUGUAUGCCUGCUGAUUUUGAAGAUUUUUACUACGCACAGCCUUGCUGGAGAAGUUUACUUUCGCUGUAGC